AUGCUUAUUUACGAAGCUCUUAUCCAGGCCCGCGGCCUUCUUCGCGACAAUGACAGCAGCUCUAAUAGCACCAAGGAUACCUGCCCACACAUCUCCCUCGCCGAAGAUGCAUCUCAACCCCUCUUUGGCACCAUGUCCUUCUACACCUUCAACAUGAUCCUCUCUGGUAGCUUCGCCGCCGCAUCGUGUCUCAUCAUCUUCACCCUCAUGAUCCUCCACGCGACGCAUCUCAGCAAGAGUAACGAGCAAAUCAAAAUCCUCAGAAUCUCCCUCAUCAUCCCCUUCUGGUCCAUCAUCUCUUUUCUGUCAAUCUGCUUCCCCACGGCCGAGGUCUACCUCCACCCCUGGCUCGAGUUCGUCCAGUCCAUCUGUCUGGCCACUUUCUUCCUCCUCCUGUGCGAGUUCGUCUCGCCUAGCGAGCAGCACAGGGAUGUCUUCUUCGCCGGCAUGACUGUGAAGAAUAAGAAGGCUGCCAAUGGGGAGGAGAAUGGUCUUGAGUGGUAUAGGAAAAUGUGGUUCGCCGUCUUCCAAUAUCCAGUCGUCGCCCUCCUCGUCGCCAUCUUGACCGCCAUCACCCAAGCUGCCGGAGUCUACUGUGAGUUCGAAAGCAAAGUACAUUUCGCUAGACUAUGGCUGCAAAUCAUCGGCACCGCCUCCCUCACCAUCGCCCUCAUGACCGUCAUCCGCUUCUUCAUGCAACUCCGGAAAAAGCUCUCCCACCACCAACCCCUCGCCAAAUUCUUCGCCUUCAAGCUCGUCGUCACCCUCACCUUUCUCGAAAACAUCAUCUUCUGGAUCCUCAAGGACACGGGCGCCCUCAACCCGACGUCCACCCUCACCGACGCCGAUCUGCGCAUCGGCAUCCCUUCCAUGCUCGUCUGCAUCGAGAUGCUGCCGCUGGCUGCGUUCUUCCACCACGCGUACUCGCACCGGCCCUACGUCAUUGGCGGCGGGAACACGCGUCGGCCGUUGGCGGGGGAUUUGGAGGCGUAUGAGCCGCAGACGUACUCUGGUGGGCCCGGGGGUGUGUGGGCGCUGGUGGAGAUGUGGAACCCGAUGGAGAUUGUCGAGGCGAUUGUGUUUGGGUUGAAGAUGAAGGCGGAGGAGAGGAAGCAGUCUAGGGCCAGGGGGCGCGAGUGGCAGUCGACUAAGUAUCAGUCGGUCGAGGAGCCGUAUGAGAUGGGCAGGAGAUGA